AUGGAGGGUCAGCAGCAAUCAACUUCUUUCCUGGUCAACGACUUGCGUAUUCCAAGGUUCACACAAGGACUAGAAAGUGAACCUCUGGCUACUGAAGCUGCUGCACAAACAUCACUUGGCUCUCCUCCCUCAAAUCCUCCCUCAACCAUUCUCUUCGAUGAGGAAUUACCUCCGUUGCAGCUAUAUAGCGAGCGACUUGCGUCCGGUGAAGAGUCCAGUGGAGCACAGAAUCUCUUUAUUCCAGUUAUUGAAAUUAGUGAGGACGAGGGUGAUAGCAGCACAGUUCUUUCGCAACCAUCACGGCCACGGCGUCGAAAUACUCGUCAUCCCGAUUAUGCUUACCGAGACUACCAAGUCACAAUGGACCAUGCUAUCUCGGCAUCGUCUCUUGGUAAACGAGGAAGAGAAGACUCGGAUACGCCGAGUCUUCCAUCUAAAAUCAGGCAAUUGGUGACUGAAAUACAAGGACAGUAUGAAUCCUUAGAAAAACAAAACGAACAAUCAGCCCAAGAAAGACAUCGAUGGAAGGAAGAAAGGGAUCGAUGGAAGAAGAAAAAGAAUGAAUGGAAGAAGAAAGAGAGAGAGCUCCAUCGUCAGAUUCAAUUUCUGCAGCGACAAGUCAACGAACAAAAGCGGCGCAAUAUUUUAAAGUGUGUUGUAUGCCAUAGAACAUUCAAUAAGAACUGGAACGUUUUCAGCUGUGGCCAUACUCUAUGCAAAGACUGUGUGGAUGACAUCCAUUCCAAAGGUUCAUUAUUCAAGUACUCUUGUGUUCAGUGCGGAAGACCGAUUCAAGCUUGUUUCGACUUUUAUCCAAACGUGGUGGAGGCGUAG